ACAGAGCCACUUGCCGCGUAUAAGACGCGUCCAGAGUAAAAACUGCACUCGAAGAGGAUAUCCGCCGGGGCUGCAUCCGCAUUCAUUCAAAUCGCAGGACACACGCCGAGCAAUAUGGGCAAAGAUAAUCUUACCGCGGUGCUUUACGACAUAAACGAUCUCCGACUGGAACAAACUGACAUUCCAGAGCCGAAAGAUGAUGAGGUACUCCUGGAGAUGUCUUGCGUUGGGAUAUGUGGAUCCGAUGUUCAUUACCUAGUGAAAGGUAGAAUAGGCGACUUCGUCGUAACUUCGCCGAUGAUCAUCGGCCACGAAGCAGCUGGAAUUGUCAGCAAGCUUGGGAAGAAUGUCAAAAAUCUCAAGGUUGGCGACCGUGUUGCCAUCGAGCCAGGCGUACCUUGUCGAGUUUGCGAAUUCUGCAGAAGCGGACGAUACAACCUCUGCCCUGACGUUAUAUUCUGUGCUACGCCACCUGUGCACGGAAAUCUUAGACGAUUCUACACCCACGCUGCAGACUAUUGUUUCAAGUUGCCGGAUCAUGUUUCCCUCGAAGAAGGCGCACUUCUGGAGCCUCUUUCCGUCGGUGUCCAUGCUUGUCAGCGGGCCGGAAUCACCCUGGGUUCCAAAGUGCUGAUUCUUGGUGCCGGACCCAUCGGCUUGGUCACUCUUCUGGUCGCGAAAUCCCUCGGAGCUACAAGAACCGUGAUUACAGACCUCGUACAGACCCGACUUGACGUAGCUAAGUCUUUUGGUGCCGAUGCUACACUUUUGGUCCAAAGAUCCGACGACGAAGCAACCUUGAUCAAGAAGGUUCACGACCUGUUUGGCAGUCAACCAGACAAGACGAUAGAUGCCUCAGGUGCCGAAUCGUCAACUCGCUUGGCAUUGCUGGCUACUAAGUCUGGUGGCGUAGCUGUGCUCGUCGGAAUGGGCCCAGCUGAAGUAAAACUUCCACUCGUCCAAGCACUGGCCCGAGAAAUUGACAUCAAAGGAGUCUUUCGUUACGUCAAUUGUUAUCCAGCCGCAUUGGAGCUCGUAGCAAGUGGAAAAGUUGACGUAAAACCGUUGAUAACGCACAACUAUGACAUCGAGGAAACGCACGAGGCAUUCGAAACAGCGAAGACGGGCCGUGAUGGUGCUAUAAAAGUGAUGAUUCACUGCAAACGUUCUUGAGAUAUAAUUUAUUUCAUAGAUGUUACUAUGGUUACCGUCAAAUUUUUUAGAAUAAUUUAAUUAUUUUGCUUCGGGCAUAUGUUAAAUUACCAAACAAG